UCUCCAUGCCGGGAAAAAAUAGUUACUAGUAUCAGACAGAAGUUACCUUCACUUGAAGACGACGACCAAGGGAGAAGAUGAAGAAGUAGAGAGAGAGAUCAAAACACCAGAUCUCCAUCGCUCUCCUCCUCCUUCUCUCUCUCCUCCCCUACAAUACACACAUUUCCACAUCCACACGACGUAAUUCCUACACCACAUCAAACCGCACACAAUGCCGCAGGUCUCACCGUCACCGCCCUCCCCCGCCGACCACCGCCGCUUCAGCGGCGGCGGAGGGCCCGACGCGGCCGAGUCCUUGUUCCGCACGAAACCGAUAUCCGAGAUCCGGACCGUCGAGUCCACCACCAGAAAACAGAUCAAGGACAAGAGCGAGGAGCUCCGCCAGCUCGUCGGCACCCGCUACCGCGAUCUGAUCGACUCAGCCGACUCCAUCGUCCUCAUGAAAUCCUCGUGCGAGUCCAUCUCCCGCAACAUCUCCUCCAUCCACGACAGCAUCCUCCGUUCCCUCUCAUCGUCCACCACUCCGCAGCUAUCCUCAAACCCUAACCCUAACCGCGCCCGAACCUACGGCAUCGCGUGCCGCGUCAAGUACCUCGUCGAGACGCCGGAGAUCAUCUGGGGGUGCCUCGACGAGUCUAUGUUCGUCGAGGCCGCGUCUAGGUACAUUCGUGCUAGGCUAGUUCACUACACCCUCGUCAAUAAUAAUAAUAACAGCAAUGAUAAUAAGAACAAGAAUAUAUUGUCGAAUUUCCCUUUGCUUCAGCACCAAUGGCAGAUUGUGGAGAGCUUCAAGGGCCAGAUCUCCCAGAGGAGCAAGGAGAGGUUGCUGGAUCAAACCCCCGGCCUCGGGAUCGCUGCGUACACCGACGCGCUCGCUGCCGUCGCCAUAAUCGAUGAGCUCGAACCAAAGCAGGUUCUAGCGUUGUUUCUUGAUUCGCGAAGGUCGUGUAUUUGUCAGAAGUUAGUGACUUGCGAUGCGAUCUCUGCGUUCUGUGAGGUUCUGAGGAUUAUUCAGGUUAGUAUAGGGCAAGUAGGGGAGUUGUUCUUGCAAGUAUUGAAUGACAUGCCCUUGUUUUAUAAAGUCAUACUGGCUACACCUCCUGCUUCUCAACUGUUUGGGAGUAUACCAAAUCCCGACGAGGAAGUUAGGUCGUGGAAAUCAUUUAGGGAUAAGUUGGAAUCGGUAAUGGUGAUGCUUGACCGGGAUUUCGUUGCUGCAACGUGCUCUGAUUGGUUGAAGAAUUGUGGGAAAGAGAUUGUUAACAAGGUUAAUGGGAGGUACUUGAUUGAUUCGAUUGGGAGUGGUCGGGAGCUUGCUUCUGCCGAGAAGUUGAUUAGGGAGACUAUGGACAGUAAGCAAGUGUUGGAGGGUAGUUUGGAGUGGCUAAAGAGUGUGUUUGGUUCUGAAAUUGAAUUGCCGUGGAACAGGAUUCGUGAGCUUGUUUUGGGAGAUGAUGCCGAUCUGUGGGACGAGAUAUUUGAAGAUGCUUUUGUUCAGAGGAUGAAAGCUAUCGUAGAUACAGGAUAUGACUAUUUGACCAGAGUUGUUAAGGUGACGGAAUCAAUUCAUGCCAUUGCAGAAGCUCCGGGUGACGGGGGUGGUUUCCAGGCCUACUUGAACAGAUCUUAUUUGGGAGGCGGGGUUUGGUUCAUGGAAUCAAACAAUAAGAAGGCUGCCCCCUUCACUGGUUCCAGAGCACUCCCCGGGGAGAACGAUUUAAGUAGCUGUCUUAAUACCUACUUUGGUGCUGAAGUCAGCCGGAUUAGGGAUGCAAUUGACAGCUGCUGCGAGAGUGUUCUUGAGGAUCUCUUGAGCUUCCUAGAGUCUCCAAAGGCAGCUUUGAGGUUAAAGGAUCUAGGGCCAUAUCUCCAGAAUAAGUGUUAUAGGAGCAUUUCUGCCAUAUUGAUGGAACUCAAGAAGGAGAUUGAACACUUGUCUGCUGCCCUAGGAAACAGCAAGAGGGAUGGUCAGUCUGUGUUAUUACCAGCUACAAUUGUUGAUAGAGCUCUAUUUAUUGGGCGCGUCCUUUUUGCAUUUCAGAAACACUCAAGGCACAUUCCGGUGAUACUUGGUUCACCAAGGUUGUGGGUGAAUGAAACCACGGAUGCUGUUUCUGGGAAGUCCGAUUCCUUUGUUAGGCAUUAUAGUGUUAUGGUUGAUUCUCCUAGGUCUGGUAGCUCUGGUAAGAAAAAGUUUGACUCUUCUAAAAGGCAAACCUCUCUGGCUAACACGGCUUUGUUUGGAGUGGAUGAUAAUUCAAGCCCACAACUUGUGGAACUCAUUAACAUGGCAAGAGAUCUUACCAUUAGAGCUCACAACUUGUGGAUAUCAUGGGUUUCUGAUGAACUUUCAGAAAUUCUCUCUCACGAUCUAAGGCAAGAUGAUGGGUUAUCAACAACAAGUAUCAUGAGAGGCUGGGAAGACACUGUAGUCAAGCAAGAACAGUCUGAUGAAAGCCAGUCAGAGAUGAAAAUAUCACUCCCGGCCUUGCCUUCUCUUUACAUUACUUCAUUCCUCUUCCGAGCAUGUGAAGAAAUUCAUCGAGUUGGAGGUCAUGUACUUGAUAAGCAAAUUCUGCAAAAAUUUGCAUUGAAUCUACUGGAAAAGGUCAUUGGUAUAUAUGCGGACUUCCUUUCUACUGCAGAGGCUCGUGAUUCUCAAAUGUCAGAUAAAGGUGUCUUGCAAGUUCUAUUGGACUUAAGAUUUGUGGCUGAUGUUCUAUCGGGAGGUGAUUCGAGUUCAAUUGAGGAGCUAUCAAAAAAUGCUAAGUCCAAGGUUUCUUUCAGACGGAAGCAGGAUGUAAACCAGACCAAGUCAGCCAUCAGAGAGCAGGUUGAUGGCUUGGUAAAUCGGCUUUCACAGAAGUUGGAUCCCAUCGAUUGGCUCACGUAUGAGCCGUACCUAUGGGAGAAUGAAAGGCAGUCGUACCUACGGCAUGCUGUCCUCUUUGGCUUCUUUGUCCAGCUUAAUCGGCUGUAUACAGAUACUGUUCAAAAGUUACCCACCAACUCAGAAUCAAAUAUUAUGAGAUGCUCCACUGUUCCUAGGUUUAAAUACCUUCCCAUCAGUGCUCCAGCAUUGUCUUCAAGAGGGACAACUAAAGCUUCUGCUUCACCUUCUAUGGAUGAUGUUUCUUCAAGAAGCUCUUGGAAAAAUUAUGCAAAUGAAGACCUCUCUCACAACAUUAAUAUUGAUGACGACUCAAGUUUUGGGGUGGCUACCCCUUUCUUGAAGUCUUUCAUGCAGGUUGGCAGCAGAUUUGGGGAGCUGGGAUCCAUACUAACAGAUGGGCAAGUUGGCAGGUUCAAGGACAAAUCAGCUGCUGCCAUGUCGACAUUCGGUGACAUUCUACCUGUCCAAGCUGCUGGUCUCCUUUCGUCCUUCACAGCUUCCAGAUCAGACUCGUGAUUUAAGAUUUUUAUUCAAAGAUAUUAUGCAUCUUUGUGGAUCAGUGAAAACGAGCUCGGAGAAGUUUGGAGAUGGGAUCACACUGUUUAUAGUAAGCGAGGAAACAUGUAUACCUUGUUUUAUGUACUUAGGGGUGAAUUCGGAGAGGUGGAAAAAAUAAUUGGUUUUUUGCAGCACUAGGGUAAUUCUCUUAGUUUUCUUUUUUGAAGAUACGCUGUAGAUUAAAACAACGAACGAAUGUAAACCGAACUGACAGAGGCAUAAUAGGUUAAGGGAGUCUGGCUGUUGGUCUGUAUUUUGCGGGGGACUAAUGCAGAAUCGCAGAUCAUUUGUAUUUUUUCAUUUUUUUAUAGUUCUACCUUCUGUGUAAUUGAGACAAAGCAGAUGUGUAUUCCAUGGGAUGCGAUGAGCGCUAUUCUGGUAGAAAUGGACUAUCGAUUUGUGUUGCGAAACUCCGAAUUCAUGGUUAUAUUUUCAUUGCACUGAUGAAUACAUUUUGUUUGUGUUCGAUAAAAUUGGAAGAAUUUGUGAA